AUGGAGAAUAAGAAUCAGAAUGACAAGAGCAAGAGCAUUCACGACAUCCUCCCUCUUGACCUGAUUCACAUAAUCCUACUGCUGGUACCGAUCAGACAUCUAGCUCGCCUCAAGUGCCUUUCCAAGCUGUGGUGCUCUCUAAUUUCUGAUCGUGACUUUGCGGAAUUUCAUUUUCACCACUCUCCAGCUGCUACCAAGGCAUGCUUCUUCACAGAAAAUCUCACUAUGGCUUACUUGGUUUACUUGAUGCAUCCCAAAAAGAGGCGUGCCCCCCUUUCUAGAAGAAAUCACCUUCUAAUUUUGAGGUAUUGGGAUCCUGCAGAAGCUUUAUUCUCUUGCAUCGACAUCCACAUUUUCUUGUGGUAUGGAACCCACUCACUGGAUUCAGCUAAAGAAUAUCCUAUUCUCAUAUUGUUCCUCGUGAUUCCUUGCAAAGUCUUUCAGCCAUUGUUAUCCAGUAAUGGUGAUAUUAUUGGAAGAGGUUAUGAUAAAACAGGGCCAUCAAGUUCACCAUUAAGUUUAGCAUCACCAAAUACUCAAACAAAAAAAGAGAAUGAGGAGCCAACAUACAAGUGA